GCAGGUCUAUUAUUUGAUUGGAGGGAGGAAGCGCCAUUAAUGUACGUACUAAUACGUCACACGUAAGGUCAAAAGGAAAGAAGCAUGGCCGCUGUGUUGGGAGCGUCUCGAUACCUACUUGGAAGGUGUAGCAAGCAUGUUGAGUUUGCAUUCGUCUCCACAAGGUCUAUGGCCUCAAAGACACAGGUGGGAUUUGUUGGUCUGGGCAAUAUGGGAAACCCAAUGGCAAAGAACUUGCUGAAGCACGGAUACCCAGUCGUUGCCACCGACGUGUUCCCGGAGUCCUGCAAGGAAUUGCAAGAGCUGGGUGCUCAGAUUGUGGAUAAUCCUGCUGAAGUAGCAGACAAGGCUGACCGCAUCAUCACCAUGCUCCCCUCUAGUCCCAAUGUCAUAGAAGUGUACACUGGACCCAAUGGCAUUCUCAAAAAGGUGAAGAAAGGCUCCUUACUCAUUGACUCUAGCACCAUUGACCCAGCUGUGUCAAAAGAGACGGCUGCUGCUGCUGAGAAGAUGGGGGCAGUUUUUAUGGAUGCACCUGUAUCAGGAGGUGUGGGGGCUGCCAGUUCGGGUAAACUGACUUUUAUGGUUGGAGGAGCUGAGGAGGAAUUUACUGCAGUCAAAGAACUUCUCAGUUGCAUGGGGUCCAAUGUGGUGUACUGCGGUCAGGUUGGAACUGGACAGGCUGCUAAAAUCUGUAACAACAUGCUUCUAGCCAUCGGAAUGAUUGGGACUUCCGAGACAAUGAACUUGGGAAUCAGACUUGGUCUUGAGCCUAAACUGUUGGCCAAGAUCCUGAACAUGAGUUCAGGUCGGUGUUGGUCCAGUGACACCUACAACCCCGUGCCUGGUGUCAUGGAGGGAGUCCCCUCUGGGAAUAACUACCAGGGAGGCUUCGGCACCCAGCUGAUGGCUAAGGAUCUAGGCCUCGCACAGAACACAGCCACCAACACAAAGACUCCUGUCCCUCUCGGCUCCUUGGCCCAUCAGAUGUACCGUAUGAUGUGCGCACGCGGUUAUGCCAAUAAAGAUUUCUCCUCCGUAUUCCAGUUCCUGCGUGAGGAGGAAGGCCAGUAAUGUCAGCCUUCACCCCGUCCACAGCCUUGCCAGGCCUGGCCCUGCACAGGACUAAAAUAGUGUAGUUAAGGUGCAUUUCGCCCUGAGGACUUUUUUUUUUCCUCCAAGGUUGUGAAAGGCAUGAAGCCAACAGAGCUCCAACACAGUGUGACAGAUCAUGUGUAUACUUCUCUCCUAUAGGAAAUCGUGUUUCCUGUUUUGAUCUAGCCUUUUUAAAAUGCAACACUCCUUUCAGUUUUUAGAAGCAAGUGAAUUGUCAGAGAUACGGAGGAUCCAAAAGAUGAGCAGGCUGUCAAGCAGUGGCAGCUCUGCAGAAUAAAAUGCAAAGAGUUCGGUGGGAAUCUGUGGUGUUAAGAAGACCACUCAUUAGCUCUGUUUGUCAAGGCUAAAUGGCUGCCAACACUGUUUAGUCUCCACAUAUUUAUCUAUUUGUGAUAAUUUCUUUAUGCUGCUGUUUUUCUGUUCAUGGGGGUUAUUUCUCUUGACAGUGGAAAUGUUACUUUAGGAUAAGAGUGUCAUGUCAUAUUCUGUUAGGAAAUAAAGACAAAUUGUGAUGUCUUAAA